CACAGAAACGCGUUUUUGUGAACAAUGCCCGCAAGUUGGGACUCGAAAAAUGGUUACUGAAGUUUCAUUGUGCUCAACUGAUGACUUGAAGUAGACUUGGACCAUCAUUUUAAGACCAUCGUCGAUGAUGCUGGAAAAAUUGGUGUCUUCAGGAAGAACAAAGGGGUGUAAAUAGUGUAAAUUGCAACUAGAUUCGGGCAGGAUCCGACGUUUUGCUACCUUGUUUUUCAAAUAUGACAAUGCGAUGGUGAUGCAGUCGAGUAUAAGUCGCGUGUACACGUGUCAAUUCGACACGUUGUUAUGUAAGAUAGAUUGACGCGUAUACCGCAGCUGAAAGACUAUGGCGAGGCGGAUGCAAAGACACUCGUAUUCAUAGCGGCAGAUCAUCUUGGAAACUUUGAGUUGGUGGUUUUGUGCAAGAAUGGAAACAUCUCCUAGUGUGAAAAAGAGUGCGUCGCCGUAGUUUUUUUUUUUUUUUUUUUUUUUUUUGAUUGCACAAACACAUACACACACUUGCACUCUCCUUCACACAUCCACACGCACAAUUGUUUUAUCCAAACAACAUUUUUACACACAUGCGUGUAUCAAAAUCAUAAAUGUACGUAUGCAUGCGCACAUAUCCACGUGUUUUAAACUACAUAAAUGUGUAAAAAAAUGUCGUGGACUAUUUACAUCCAAUCUAUAUUACUUCUGUGUGCCAUAUGUGCAGUGCUUGGUCUACGGCAAUGUGACCAAAAUAGUACCGGAUGGGAAAAAGUCGCCGGAAUGAGACCAGAGUCCGUAGACUCAAGUGCAAUUCUGCACGAGGGUAUAAAUUCUCAAGGAAUCACGACGACAUGUUUUAGAAAGUGCAGCGCACUGAACUGCACUGCCUUUGUAAUUGAUCUGGAAAGAGCCGGUUGUUUCAGCGUAAAAGUAAGCUCACAGCAUCUUGUUCCAGAACCCAACGUCACCUUUUAUCACCAAAUUUGCGUUAAAGUUCCUUCAAAUUGCAAGCUCCAAAGGCUCUGGCAAGUGGAACGAACGCUCGGUGCGAUUUUGGUGGAUCCUUCGGCCAGAUGGCUGCCUGAAAUCAUGACGAGAGAACAGUGUUACGAAAGCUGUAUCGCCGCCGGUAAAAAUUGCAGAUCGGCGCGAUAUCGCGCCGCCGAAGACUUACGCAUUGGAAACACGCAGGGUAGAUGCGCUCUUUCUACCCUUGAUAGGGGAUCCAGACCUCAAGCUUAUAGAGCUUCCAUGUACAGAGACGAGUAUCUCCAGAAUCAGUGCCAUAAUUUGUCCGAGGCUGAUUACUGUUCUUACUCGGAAUUCGAAAACGCGACUAUGCUGUACUCUGAUCUAAGGUUGCCUGGACUGGACGAAACACAGUGCGAAGAGAGAUGCGACGCCAGUUUAGAUGGGUUCAACUGCAGAGGGUAUACAGUACAUCGGUCGUACAAUUCAAUGACUGUGUCGAAUUUGGUGUGCCUCCUCCAUGCCGACGAUACUAUCAGUGUUGGACCAAGUUCUCUGAUAUACGUGCCCGAUCUAAUCUACAAAGAACGCGAGCCCUGUUUAGACUUGAGAGUCAGAUGUACGAACGAAAGCCUCACCGUCGAAUUGAGCACGGAUGACGCCUUCUGGGGCAGGUUGUACGUCAGUGGAUGGGGUGAACGUUGCGGAGUGCAAGGAAGUGGUAAAAACCUGACAUCCCUGAAGCUGGUUUUACCGCGUCGCGAGGAUCUCACAAUGGGCAGAACCAUCAAAUGUGGACUGAGCCCUGUCAUAUCCGUGAAUAGUCGUAAUCGGAGCCGCACCAUAGCUUGGGCCACCGUUGUCGUGCAGUUUAAUCCAAUAAUUCAGAGACUUGGUGACCAGGCGGUAAGAGUUGGUUGUUCCUUGGAUGGAAAUGACGACCCCCCACAGCCAAGAAACAUCACAGUACAUUCUGAUGUACAUUUUAUUGACCCAAACGCUGGCUUACCACCGAUCGUUUCAACCGUCGUAAACUCAUCAUCGGAAGCUCCGAUGGUCAGGAUGAGGAUACUUGAUGAGAGCCUUUUGCGCGACGCAACCGUCACUCAGCUGGGACAGAAGUUGAUUCUGAAGAUCGAAAUAAUUCCACCCGACGGCCCGUUUGAUAUUUUUGCCGGACAUUUGGUCGCUAGCAGUGCUGGAGGAGAUUCAUCCUAUCUUCUUCUCGACGAAAUGGGAUGUCCAACUGACACAAGCACCUUUCCAGCUCUGGUACGGGACGUCACAGACAACAGUUCACUCGUUGCAAAAUUCACUGCCUUCAAGUUUCCCAACAGCCAAUUAGUCAGGUUCAACGUGGUCGUAGAGUUUUGCACCGGAAGAUGCAAGCCGGCUCACUGCAGCAACGAUGAAUAUUCUUAUGGAAGACGGCGUAGAGAGAUAUUUUCUGUGCCUACAAAAGCCAACGUCACCGAAAUAACACCGAAGACGAUUCCCGAUAAGUUUCCUCUCCAGUUCUCAAUAUUCGUUCAGAGCCCCGUAGUUUCGCCAGAUCCUCUUCUGUCGCGGGACGGUUCAGUACCAGACACCAUUCUCGUUGCUGGUGGUCAAUCUUUGGAUGGGCUGCUUUGCGUUGACGCAGGCCUCGCCUUGGGUCUCUUGAUUUUCUGGCUCAUCGUUCAAAUAAUGUUGACGAUCGGUUGUUUGGUGGCUGUAAAACGAUACCGACGACUAGCUCGUCGGGCCGAAGAGGAUCGGGCCGACAUAUUGGCUAGGCAUCUUUACGGUAUUCACGGUGGUAAUUUUGAAGUUGCCCGACGUGUACGGUGGGCUGAUCACAACAGUUCAUCCGUCAGCUGAUGCCGAUUUUAAUAUCAUUAGUAAGGAAGUACCAGCUGAAGUUCGGGACUUCCCAGCUGUUGGGAUAGUACCAUUCCGGAUUCCACGUCACGUUCCGUUUACAUAACGUGCAGAUCAAACGUGCAGCGGACGUAGAUCGUCGUUGUUUCACCCUUUUAUCAACACGUAUUAAACCGCGCGGAUAAAGUAACCGAUAAGUUCUAAUAUAUAGGUGCGAGUGUAUUAUUGAAUGAAUUGUAAUGUAGUGUUGGAAUAUGAACAAACCACUUUCAUCAUUUAA